GACGUUAGGCGCCGAGUGUCCGAAUGGCGGCUCCCUUCUCUGAGAAGCUCGAGAUUUGUGCUUUCAGCACGGCAGUGGUUCCCUAAGGCAGCCAUUUCUUGCUUGCCCUGGGAGUCUGCUAUGGCGUUCCCUCACCUACAACAGCCUAGUUUCCUUCUGGCUAACCUGAAAGCUGACUCUAUAAAUAAGCCCUUUGCACAGCGUUGCCAAGAUUUGGUGAAGAUCAUUGAGGAUUUUCCUGCCAAGGAAUUGCAUGCCAUCUUCCCAUGGCUGGUGGAAAGCAUCUUUGGCAGCCUGGAUGGUGUCCUUGUUGGUUGGAAUCUCCGAUGCCUACAGGGACGUGUGAACCCUGUGGAGUACAGCACAGCGAUGGAAUUUCUAGACCCAAGUGGCCCAAUGAUGAAGUUGGUUUAUAAACUUCAAGCUGAAGACUAUAACUUUGAUUUUCCUGUCUCCUAUCUUCCUGGUCCUGUGAAGGCAUCCAUUCAAGAGAAUGUCCUCCCUGACAGUCCUCUGUACCACAACAAAGUCCAGUUCCCCCCAACCGGAGGCCUUGGCCUGAACUUGGCCCUCAAUCCAUUUGAAUACUAUAUGUUCUACUUUGCUUUGAGCCUCAUCUCUCAAAAGCCAAUGCCUAUGUCCCUCCAUGUUCGUACUUCAGACUGUGCCUAUUUCAUCCUGGUGGAUAGGUACCUAUCAUGGUUCCUACCCACUGAAGGCAGCGUACCUCCACCACUCUGCUCCAGUCCAGGAGGCUCCAGCCCCUCACCAGCUCCCAGAACACCAGCCAUGCCCUUUGCCUCCUAUGGCCUCCACACUAGCCUCUUGAAGCGACACAUCUCUCAUCAGACAUCUGUGAAUGCAGACCCUGCAUCCCAUGAGAUCUGGCGGUCAGAAACUCUCCUCCAGGUUUUUGUGGAAAUGUGGCUUCAUCAUUACUCCCUGGAAAUGUACCAAAAAAUGCAGUCCCCUCAUGCCAAGUUGGAGGUUCUACACUACCGACUCACUGUCUCCAGCGCCCUCCACAGCCCUGCCCAACCCAGCCUCCAGGCCCUCCACGCCUACCAAGAGUCCUUCACGCCUACUGAGGAGCACGUGCUGGUGGUGCGCCUGCUGCUGAAGCACCUGCAUGCCUUUGCCAACAGCCUGAAGCCAGACCAGGCUUCUCCAUCAGCACACUCCCAUGCCACCAGUCCCCUGGAGGAAUUCAAACGGGCCGCAGUGCCUCGGUUUGUCCAGCAGAAGCUGUAUGUCUUCCUGCAGCACUGUUUUGGCCACUGGCCUCUGGAUGCAUCCUUCAGAGCUGUCUUGGAGAUGUGGCUGAGCUAUCUGCAGCCAUGGAGGUAUGCCCCUGAGAAACAGGCUCUGGGCAGCGAUCCCCAGCCACGGUGUGUGUCAGAGAAGUGGGCCCCCUUCAUCCAGGAAAACCUGCUGAUGUACACCAAGCUGUUUGUGAGUUUCCUGAACCGAGCCCUACGCACAGACCUCGUCAGCCCCAAGAAUGCACUCAUGGUCUUCCGAGUGGCUAAGGUCUUUGCCCAGCCCAACCUGGCCGAGAUGAUUCAGAAAGGUGAGCAGUUGUUCCUGGAGCCAGAGCUCAUCAUUCCCCACCGCCAACAUCGGCUCUUCACAGUCACCACCAGUUUCCUGUCCCCAUGGCCCCCUGUUGUGACAGACGCCUCCUUCAAAGUGAAGAGCCAUGUCUACAGCCUGGAGGGCCAAGACUGCAAAUAUACCCCAAUGUUUGGUCCUGAAAUCCGAACCCUGGUCUUGCGCCUUGCUCAGCUCAUCACACAGGCCAAGCAGACUGCCAAGUCCAUCUCUGAUCAGUAUGUGGAAAGCCCAACUGGCCGCUCCUUCCUGUCAUGGCUGACCUUUGGCCUCACAGACACAAAUAGCUGCUACCCAGCCAAUGACCUGGAUGAAAUAGGUCAGGACAGCAUCCGCAAGACAGACGAGUACUUAGAGAAGGCCCUGGAGUACCUGCGCCAGAUAUUUCGGCUCAGCGAAGCCCAGCUGGCCCAGCUCACGCUUGCCCUGGGGAGUGCUCGGGACGAGAAUGGGAAGCAGCAGCUCCCAGAUUGCAUUGUGGGAGAAGAAGGACUCAUCCUUACACCCUUGGGCCGCUACCAGAUCAUUAAUGGUCUGCGAAGGUUCGAGAUUGAAUACCAGGGAGACUUAGAGCUGCAGCCCAUCCGGAGCUACGAAAUCACCAGUCUGGUCCGUGCACUCUUCCGGCUGUCCUCUGCCAUCAACCGUCGAUUUGCAGGCCAGAUGGCAGCUCUGUGCUCCCGGAAUGACUUCCUUGGCAGCUUCUGUCGCUACCACCUCACUGAGCCUGCCUUGAGCAACAGACACCUGCUGAGCCCUGUAGGGCGGAGGCAGGUCGCCAAUCCUGCACGGGGCCCCAGGCUCAGCCUCCGUUUCCUGGGCAGUUACCGGACACUGCUCCUGCUCCUGAUGGCCUUCUUUGUGGCUUCUCUGUUCUGCAUUGGGCCCCUGCCCUGCUCCUUGCUCCUGGUCCUAGGAUACGUUCUCUAUGCCGUAGCUAUGACACUGCUCACGGAGCGGGGGAAGCUGCACCAGCUCUGAGCUGCUGCCAUCCUCUCCUGAGCAGACUGUGGCGGGUUGCUUGGAAGCCAGGAAUAGAGGGGUAGGUCAUCUUCAGUGUUCUUGGGAGUAGUUUCCCUGCAAUGGCGGAGUUAUUCAAAAGAACAUAAGAGUUGGAAGGGAGAGUGAUCCAGGCAGGCCUGACACAGAAGGGUCAGUGUCAGAAGGUUCCUAAGCCGCUCUGUAAGACAAUCAGUACUGGCCAUGGCGCCUCACCUUCAAUCCAAGGGCACACAAGCAGCUCAAUAUCCACUCUAGAGGACAAGCAGGGUUUUAAGAGACUGAGCUUGGGGGUGGAGCUGGGUCCAGCCAGCCUCUGGGGACACAAAGCACAACUGCAUUGGUUUUGCCUGUAAAACUAAGGAAUUUAUGGGAGCGUCACAUUUGUAACAACACCUGUAUGAAAAAACCACCUUCACAUCAAAGCUAAGACAGCGAAGGGCUCAGAUUCACCCUGCAGGGGAACACCACCUCUCCACGGUGUUCUUAAACCAGCCCUUGGUUUUGGGUGUGUGUAGCUGUUUUUAAGGAGAAACAGUACCAACCUGUUUUUCUUCAAGCUUAUCACUGGGCUUUGUAUUUCGAUGUAACUUCAGAGUACAUCAUGAGACCCAUGACCAAAAGUCAGCUUAAAACAUAACUGACCAAGGAUCCGAAUAAACCAUUCUUGCUUCGGGGAUUGUCUGGGCAGAAUCUUUAGCCUAUUCACCUGCCAAGGGUUCCUGGGCACUUGGGAACUGUGGAGGAAGCUCCUGGACACAAUACCUCCUUACCUCGUGAUGGAGUUCUUUCUGCCUGAAAGUCCUCUUUCAUGCCUAGGGCAUGUUGGAUUCAACUUCUGCAAAAACAAGACAAGGCAGACUAACCCUGAGGUGGGGGCAGGCCCUGUGGUGCCCUGAGAACUGAUUUCCCUGCUCAACACCUCAGAACUGGCUCUGCCAUCCAGAACAAAUACCACAUUGGCUCUCAGAAACUUCCUUUUUGUUAAACAAUGUUAUUUUUGUUUUAUGUGAGUGAAUGUUGCUUGUGUCUUUUCAUCACAUGUAUGCAUUGAAGGAGGCCAAGAAAAGGGAGUGGGUGGGUGCUGGAGACCAAACUCCAGGCUUCUGUAGUGCCCUUAACCAGUUGCUGAGCCAUCUCUUCAGCCUCCAGAAUUUUAAAGAGUCAUGGGCAGAUGGAGCUGAUCUAUACUAGCCAGCUCCAGGCCAGCAUCUUCCCAGGAGUACAACCCCCUUGUGGUGGGAAGGGAAGUUGCCAUUUGAGUGUCCCACUGGUCCCAAUUCCCCUGGUCAGAGCUGAAUGACUAGCCCUUAUCAACAACCCUAUCAAUAUUUAUCUUUUGUGUAUGGGGUAGAGAUAGUUUCUCUUGUGUAGCCCAGGAUGGCCUCAAACUCAGAGAUAUAAAGUGUUGGAAUCAAAGGCUUAUGCCACCACUUUACCUGCUCUGUCAAUAUUUAUGAGAUGAAUCUUUUAAUUUUUUUCUACUCUUGACAGUUACACACACACACACAC